AUGUGGCCGUGGUACGCGCGGGACCUCUACAGGGACACCCCCGCCUGGCUGGACAGCCAGGCCCCCGGGGCCCAGGCCGCCGCGGGCUGCGGCCUGGACCAGGGCCUGCUGUUCCCCGUGCGCUACCUCGCCGAGCAGGCGCGUGCGGCAGGCGGGUACUCUGCCCUGCAUCUGGUGUAA